AUGUUUCUAGUUUUGUACAUUCAGCAUUGUGCUUUGUAGGUACUAUAGAUAGUAACUAAAGUUGCGUAUUUAAUUAAUUUCAUUGAAAUUACAUCACUAAUAGUUUAUUUACGCCAGAACGUAAUAUAUACCUUUUUAACAAUCACAAUACAAUGCAAAAUAUGAGAUGCCUAUUGUUAUAAAUAGUCAUGAUGACCGAAUGUAAAGUCCCUGUAUUUGUUAGUCCCCAAUCAUUAACUUUCAGUUUGGAGGACAAGUCAUCCCACAGACAAAUAAUUACACUAUUUAAUCCAUACGACUUUCCUGUCAGAUUUAAAGUUUUUAGUACUUGCACUAAAAAGUAUACCGUAGUGGAACCAGAAGGUUCAAUAAGUGCCAGUUCUCGAGUGGAUAUAGUUGUCAGGCACAAUGCUCCUGCGCCAGCAUUCUGCGAUAUCAGAGAUAAAUUCCGAAUACAAAUGCAAUAUUAUACUACCAAAAAAGUCAUUGGACACAAAGAUGUUGAAACUAUAUUAGUAAGGUCUUCCGACAAUUUUGAGUUACCACCUGAAAAUUUUAAACAAUUACUCAGAAGCGAUGUAUCUACAGAUAACUUUGAUAAUGAAUCUGAAAUAAGACAAAACUGCAAUACAAAUACUCCUGGACCAAAUUUUACAACUCUAUUAAUAGCUGGUGUAUGUAUUUGUGGAUUACUCUUACCAUCAUCUGAAGAUUCAGACAUUCUGAAAUUUCGUAUUUCUUUCAAUUUAAAAUUAGCGUUAGCUUUUGUUUUGGGUAUGACCACGAUAACAAUAUUACAACAUCAAUAAUGCACAGGGAUAUUGUUACUUAAGAAUUCGCUUGUUAACAAUUGUUUGAAACUUUUUUGUACUCAAUAUGUAUGUUUCCAUUAUUAGUUAUAAUACAUUAAUCUAAGCUAUUUAAUAGAUUAAUUUACUAUGUUCUUGCUAUACAUUUAAACUUCUUGAAAUAUUUUAUUAUUGAUUAUAGUUUUAAGAUCUGUAUUAUGUUCAAAAAUUAUCACUCAUUACUGACCUUUAAGAAUUUUAAAUUUCAAUGCCAUACAAUUUGCAUUAAUUGGUACAUAAAUAUAUUAAGACUAUUAUACAUUUUUGUUUGUAUAAACACUGCCACCAUUUUUUUAUGGAUAUUUUUAAAUAUCUUAUCAAACAUUGGAUAAUUGGGUUUUGUAAAAAAAAAAUAUAUAUUGUAAAUAAUAAAUUGUAUUUUUUUUUAUAUAUAAUUAAUAUUUAAUUAACUUUUUUUCAAUAAAGAAUUUUUUAUGAAUAA